AUGUCUGCGAGAAGCUUCGGUGCCACCGCUAUCCGCAGCCUGGCACGCUCGCAUCGAGCUCCUACAAUCCGACCUCGAUCUCGUGCCCAACUGAUGAGCCCCAGGAAAUUCUCACACAGAGCGACACCGUACUUCAGUCCGCAUCAACCAUGGAGGAAAAAAUCAGCUGCAAUCUUCGCUGCAGCAGCCGUCGUCGCCAUUGUCUACACUUCUCGGUUCAAUGAAGUUCGGGCAGAAGCUCCUCCAGCGCCUACUCCUGAGCCGCCGGAGCUGAUAGUUGAGGAACCAAAGAAGAAAAAGGGCGUUUCGAAAGAGGAAAAUCGGGAUAUGAUUAGUUCCCAGCAUCUACAAGUCAAGAAGAGCUGGGAAAAUCCGGGAGUAUAUGCAUGGGGAUCGAACGCUUCCAAAGUUGCGGCUCCUGGUUCGAAGGACGUCUAUGUCAAGACCCCGAGAAGAAUACCCUACUUCGACGAUGUUCUACUUCGGGAUAUCAAGCUCGAUAUGAACUUUGGCGCCGCCGUCCUGGAGAAUGGGGAUCUUGUUCAAUGGGGAGCCGGAUACUCUGAUGCCACAGAGCAACCAACCGCCACAUUCAAGGGUAAAAAUCUUACUUCCAUUGAGAUAUCGAAAGAUCGUAUCAUCGGGUUAUCGAAGAAUGGAACAGUCUAUUCCAUUCCUGUUUCGAAGGUGGAUCAAGACAGUGGAUUCAAGCCGAUCGAGAGCUCUUGGAUGGGGUAUUUUGGUAAAAGGUCCGAUAUCAGCUACAGGAAACUUCAGCCAAAGAAUUUGGGUAUGUUUGAGAAAGUCACAGCUAUUAGCGGAGGGUUGGAGCAUGUUGUCUUGCUCACGAACGCCGGUAGAGCGUAUACUGCUGCUUCUGGGACCGAGGAUUUCCCAAGCCGUGGACAGUUGGGAGUUCCAGGCUUAACGUGGCUGACACGUCCGAAAGGCCCUUACGAUAUGUGCCAUGAGCUUGAGACGCUUAAAGGCUUCAAGAUUCAGAAGGUGGUCUCUGGUGACCUGCAUUCUGUGCUACUAGACAAAAGCGGGAGAGUGUUUGUCCUGGGUGACAAUUCGUCAGGCCAAUUGGGUAUCGAUUCCACCGAAUCGCCUUAUGUUGAGACACCGACUCCACUACCGAUCAACGGUUGGUACCAAGGCGCCAACCAAGUACCAAAAGUCACCAACGUCUUUGCCGGAGGGAAGAAUAGCAUCUUCACCAUUGAUGCCACACGUGUUGCAGGCCGACUUGAAGACCCGGCUGGCAUUCGUAAUCUCGGUCGUGUAACAGCGGACGCAUGGAUCUGCGGGCGAGGUAUCAAAGGGUCCCUUGCCAACGGGAAAUGGACACAUAUUCAAGAGAAGCCGGUCAAAAUCCCAGCCUUGAGUGGUCUUUUUGAAUACGACGAGAAGAAGCAUCGUUCCAUACCCAUUCGCAUGGCCAAUUUCUCCAUCGGUUCCGAGCACACUGCUGCAGUGAUGGCCAAUGUCACCUACCUGGAUGCCAACGAGCGAGGCUCCGAGGACGACACAAACUGGGGUGCUGACGUCUUAUGGUGGGGCGGCAACGAGUACUACCAGCUUGGAACUGGGAAGAGGAACAACGUCGCCACGCCGCUAUAUAUUCGUCCGCUAGAUAUGGCGGCGGAGAUCGAGGUGGGCAGGAAAGACGAGCACCGCUUUCAUAUCACGCCCAAACACAAGGUGAAGGUGAAGGGUCGGAAAGUGGAAAUCGAGCAACGUGUCGAAUGCGGCAGGAAUGUGACUGCUGUGUACUCGGGGGUGUGA